UUCCUGCAGUUGCAGCCACCUCUACCACCCUUCGCUCCGGAUGCACCACCUCCACCGUUUCUCCCUUUAGCUAGGAGGUGGGUUGAUAGGCGGGGAUACGGACGCGAGUACAAGGCUCGACAUAAUCUCCCCUAUUGCAGGGAUUUGUUGGAUUUGCUGGAGGGCACGUAGUUCAUUUGGAGGCCAUACAACAACGAGAUAAUAGCUGGUUUGCCCGAUUAUUGCUCGACCGACCGAAUUAUGUGGAGCUUUUACGUCCCAUUGAUAUGUCUCAAUAUUGUCGAGCAUCAUGACACCGAGUGAGUCCUUCGCCAGUCUGGCUUCCCGGACAUUGAGGCGAGCUCGAGAUGAUGAGCGCUUGGGAUACGAGGCUGAUUAUGUGCCGCCAGAGCAGUGCCAUCGUGGGCCACCAGUGGAGCCUGAAUGUGGUCGACGUGGCAGGCGUGCCCAGAUAGGUAGGGGUGUCCCACGAGGUCAUGGGGGUCGGCGAGGAUGUGGUCCCCAGCAAGGGGGAGUUGAGGCACCUGUUGGGGAUGUUGGAGUUGAUCAACCAGGUGACCACCAUGAGCCAGACCAUGCUCCUAGAGAUAUGCCGUCAUUCAGACUUUAACUUACUCCAAAGACUUCGCAGGUGACCCCGUCAGCUCCAUUGUUGAUCGCGGGCAGAAAUAAAAUAAAAUAGAUAGAAUGAAAAAUACAA